GUAGCUCGGGUUCCCAUGUCUAGGCGCAUCUGCUCGCGGGCAGCAUUACGUCGCCGGUCAGCGUGUGUGGCGGACUGCUCUGUGGUCGCGAGAACGCAACAGCAUGGUGACCGCUCUUUUGUCGGCUACAGCCUUACUGGUGACUCUGAAUGUCGUGUCGCUCACGGCCGGUUCUGGCGUCAGGGUGGAAGGUAGCCAGCCGUGCGCGGCGCGCUGGUACAACUACUCGAGCUUCGUGUGCGUCUGCAACGCCACCUACUGCGACGCUUCGCCGCCCAGGCCAGCGCUCGCCGUCGGUGGCAUCGCACACUACACCUCCUCUCGCUGUGGCCAGCGGCUGACACUGCGCUUGCACAACUUCACGGAUGCAACCGAGCUGCGGUCUGGAGCGGCGCGCCUACGGGUGGACACGAGCCAGCAGUUCCAGCAGAUGCUGGGCUUUGGCGGCGGCAUGACGGACUCCACAGCCUUCAACAUCAGGGCGCUCAGCUCGACCACCCAGCAGCACCUGCUCAGGAGUUACUUCGGAAACAGCGAUGGCAGCUCGCGGUACUCGCUGGUGCGCGUGCCCAUGGGUGGCACCGACUUCUCGGUGCGCAACUACACGUACGACGACAGCAAGACUCCUGACCCGUCCCUAAAGAACUUUAGUCUCCAGCCGGAAGACAUCGAAUACAAGAUUCCACUGAUACUGGCGGCUCAGAGGCUAGCGGGCAACGGAUUGAAGGUACACGCGUUGCCCUGGUCGGCACCCAGAUGGAUGAAAGUCUACAACGGAACGAACGGCGUCAGCUGGCUACAGUCCAAAUACUACCAGACCUGGGCAGACUACUUCGCCAAGUUCCUGAAGGAGUACGCGCAGCUCGGCGUGGACAUGUGGGCCGUGUCGCUGCAGAACGAGCCCUCGUCCGGAUCCGUCGCCAACUACGGCGUCAACAACAUGGGAUGGAGUGCACAGUGGCUGCGCCGCUUCCUCGAAGACUUCCUGGGUCCCACGCUGCGGAGCGACUCCUCUCUGGCCGACACAGACAUUAUCAUCGGGGAGGACUUACGCGACUACUUGUACUGGUCCGAAGAGAUCCUGGAGGGCGAGGCUGCGCAGCGCCUGACUAGCGCCGUGGCGGUACACUGGUACGCCGACAGCUUCACCAGCCCCACCAUGCUGGACGACCUGCACCGGAACCAUAGCGACCUCUCCAUCUUCUACACAGAGUCCUGCUACGGUCCCUUCAUGGGAGGCGGGUACCCUGCGGUGAGGCUGGGAUCGUGGGAACGGGCAGAGAACUACACCAGCGACAUCAUACAGGUGAUAAACCACUGGACGUCCGCCUGGGAGGACUGGAACAUGGUGGUGAACACUGAAGGCGGCCCUAAUUGGAUCGGCAACUACGCGGACGCGUCCAUCGUGGCAAACGUGACGGCGGACGAGUUCUACAAGCAGCCCAUGUACUACGCCAUCGCGCACUUCUCGCGCUUCGUGCCGCGCGGAUCCAGGCGUGUCAAACUCCAGAUGGACGCCGACGCCAACUCCACCGACGUCGAGAGCGUCGCCUUCCUCACUCCUCAGGAUGACGUCGUCGUAGUCCUGCAAAACAAGCAGGGGACGCGGCGCUCCGUGGUGGUGUCGGACCCCCAGCUGGGAGAGGCGUCGCUGUCGCUGCCCGCACACUCCAUGCACACGCUCGUCUACCAGAGAGCCGGCAACACUGUGUGAAAACCGCUUCUGCACCACAGCACUCUUCAAACACACUUGUAUUACAGACCAAAUAAAUACACACCUACUGAAAAA